UGUCUCAUCUCUGCUGAUGACUAUCCAACACCUGAAGCACCUUGUAUGCUUAAAUUUAAAAUGAAAGAUGAAAUUGCUGCCACAGUCUUUUUCAUCACAAGGCUAGUGAAAAAGGAAGAUAAGCUGAGCAAGCAUAAAAUGGAGAAAUUUGCAGCUAAGCUGACAGCAGUACUCUUUGAAAAGUAUAAGAAUCACUGGUACUUGGACAAUCCAUCCAGAGGGCAAGCUUUCAGGUGUAUAAGAAUAAACAAGCAUCAGACAAGAGAUCCACUGCUGGAGCAAGCUUGUGUGCAGAGUAAUGUGGACUUCAAUAAGCUUGGUUUGCCAAAAGAGAUGACAGUAUGGGUUGAUCCUUUUGAGGUGUGUUGCAGAUAUGGAGAGAAGAAUCAGCCCUUCACAAUUGCACACUUUGAGGGAGAGGAGAACCCAGAACUUCCUCAGCAGAUCAGCUGUGCUGUUGAGAGAGCAGCACUAGACUAUGAUUCCAGCAUUUCUUCAGAUGAGGAGAGCUUCAACAGGGAGCCGAAAGCUAUCCCUACUGUCAGCAAUCCUAACAGCGUUUACCAGUUCAGUGACUACUACAGGACACCCAUACAGCCCUGGUCCCAGUAUCUUCAUAGGAAGACCUAUAUGACUGAUGGCUCAAACUAUAUCCAGCACAGGGGUCACAAGUUCUACAGAUCAACAACUGCUUUCACAGGACUGUAUGUUGAUAGGUACCACUGGGUCAACCCCAAGCGGUAGAUCCGUGGUUGCCCUAUUAUAGACUGUUGAAACAUUGAGCUAUGGUGUGUGAUGAAGGCUGGCAAUACAGAGUUUGAUGGAAACAGAAAGCACUUACUGUCUAAUCCCUAUGUCUUACUUUGUGCAUUUGAAAGUUUGGGGUUUUAUUAUAGUACCUUUUAAAUGUUUUAUAAUGUUAACAAGAUUUAAAAUUAAUAUGAGACUCUAUUUGUAAGAUGAAAAGGAAAAGCAUAUAUCAAUAAAGCUGCUCAUGUUUUUUAUAAAA